CCAUUGCCGCCGCACUCGGGGAGCGCCGCCCCGCUGGCCGGUGGGGGUCUGCGGCCGCUGGCGCCAUGGGCCAAUGCGGCAUCACCUCCUCGAAGACCGUGCUGGUCUUCCUCAACCUCAUCUUCUGGGGGGCAGCUGGCAUUCUGUGCUACGUAGGCGCGUACGUCUUCAUCACCUAUGAUGACUAUGACCACUUCUUUGAGGAUGUCUACACGCUCAUCCCUGCUGUGGUGAUCAUCGCUGUGGGAGCCCUGCUUUUCAUCAUUGGGCUCAUUGGCUGCUGCGCCACGAUCCGGGAAAGCCGCUGCAGACUCGCCACGUUUGUCAUCAUCCUGCUCUUGGUUUUUGUCACAGAAGUUGUCGUAGUUGUUUUGGGAUACAUUUACAGAGCAAAGGUGGAAAAUGAGGUUGACCGAAGCAUUCAGAAAGUGUAUAAGACUUACAACGGAACCAACCCCGACGCUGCCAGCCAGGCUAUUGACUAUGUGCAGAGGCAGCUGCACUGUUGUGGAAUUCAUAACUAUUCAGACUGGGAAAACACAGAUUGGUUCAAAGAAACCAAAAACCAGAGUGUCCCUCUUAGCUGCUGCAGAGAGACUGCAAGCAACUGUAACGGCAGCCUGGCCAACCCUUCCGACCUCUACACUGAGGGGUGCGAGGCUCUGGUUGUAAAGAAGCUGCAGGAGAUCAUGAUGCAUGUCAUCUGGGCAGCACUGGCCUUCGCAGCCAUCCAGCUGCUGGGCAUGCUGUGCGCCUGCAUCGUGCUGUGCAGGAGAAGUAGAGACCCUGCCUACGAGCUCCUCAUCACCGGGGGCACCUACGCCUAGCAGAGGCCCGGCUGAGCCUCAGUCUUGCAUGACCUGGAGGUGGACUGAGCAGUUCUGCUGCGCUGGCUCCGAGGGCUCUGGCUGAAGCGCAUGAAUGCUGGUGUCGGGCAGAGUACCUUGGCUUUUCAUACCCACCACUUACUUUCCUGCCCAUGGCUUUUUUGCCUCAUUCUAGCCGACACUCUGUGUCCCUGGGUUUUAAGUUUGGCAGUCCAUGUUCCCAUUUCUGAACUAUUUGCAAGUUGCAUAGCAUGGUAGGAUAAAGGCAGCCUCCGAGUAAUGAUGGGUCUCUGCCGCGGGAUUGCUGGGUCCUUUCUGUCUUCACAACGGAGAACUCUGGUCAGAGCUUCGCGGGGAGGAGAGGAAGCCAAUUGUCUGGUAAAAUGAACACCAGAUGGUGCCCCUAAUUGGUGUCCUUUACAAAUAUAUACUGUAGUCCAAUAAGAUAGCAACUGUACAAAGUGGCUAAGAUAGACUUUAGAUCACA